CACGGGCAUUGUUCUGGCCUCCCGCCUACAAGACUCCGGAGCCGCGCCAGGCGCAGCGGCACAUGCGAGCCCUCUCCCUCUUGUUUCGCUGCGGCGGCCGGGACCGAAGCCAUCAGCCCACGCGUUGGCGUCGCCUCCAACGCGCGGCGUUUCCAAGCGCGGCCGCGGCAGCGAAGGCAUCGCUCCCGUUUGGCGUCUUCCGCGCCCGCGCUCCUCUUAAAGCUCCGCCCCCAGCGCGCGCCCGCUCCCGCCCACUUGACUUGAGCGAGCCAGCGAGCUGUUCUCCCGUGACCUCACUCACCUCCUCCGUCAGGGCCCGAGGCUGCGGGUAGGGUAGGCGACACCGGCGAGGCAAAUGGGCGCUGCCGCGGCGGAGGUGGUGGCGCCGAGGCCGCCGUCGGCGGCGGGCAAAAGGCGGUCCACCACGCUGAGGUUCCUGUUCGAGCUCGAGAAGCCGGACGGGCUGCUGCCCGGCACGGCCAAGCUCCCGCCGCCGUCGCCGGAGCCCGCGGCCGACAGCCUGAUCGACAAGAUCGCCUCGUGCCACCGCGUGUUCACGUUCGCCGCCGGCGCGGGCGAGAGCGACGAGGAGCGGGACGCGAAGCGGGACCGCCUCGUGGAGGUGCUCUGCGAAGUCCGGUCUGCGGGCGGCAAGCAGCGGGCGCUGGACCACCGCGUGAUGGUGGCGCUGCUGAGGAUGGUCGCCGCCAACCUGUUCCGGGCAAUGCCGCCGUCGGCGUACCCGCCGCUGCCGCCCGACGGCGUGGACGAGGACGCGCCGGCGAUGGUGCUGGCCCCGUCGUGGCCGCACCUCCAGGUGGUGUACGACAUCCUCCUCUCCGCGGUCACCGCCGCGGACGCCAAGGCGCUGCGCAACCACGUGGACCGCGCCUUCCUCUCGGGCCUCCUCGCGCUGUUCGGCUCCGAGGACCCCCGCGAGCGCGACCGGCUCAAGACCGUGUACCACCAGCUCUACUCCAAGCUCACCGGCGAGCGCGCCUUCAUGCGGCGCUCCAUGGCCGCCGCGCUCCUGCGGCUCGUCUACGAGGCGCCCGCCGCCGAGCGCCACUGCGGCGUCGCCGAGCUGCUGGAGAUCUGCGGCAGCAUCAUCAACGGCUUCGCCGUGCCGCUCAAGGAGGAGCACCGGGCGUUCCUGGCGCGCGUGCUGCUGCCGCUGCACCGCACGCGCUGGGCGCACACGUACCACCGCCAGCUCGCCUACUGCGUGCUCCAGUUCGUGCACAAGGAGCCGGGGCUCGCCGCCGCGGUCGUCACCGGCAUCCUGCGCCACUGGCCCGUCACCAACUGCCAGAAGGAGGUGCUGCUCAUCGAGGAGCUCGAGGAGAUUCUCGACGUGAUCGACCCCGACCAGUUCCAGAACCUGGCCGUGCCCGUCUGCUCGCGGAUCGCCCGCUGUGUCAGUAGCUGCAGCUCUCAGGUGGCGGAGCGGGCGCUGUACGUGUGGAACAACGAGCGGUUCCUGGAGCUGGCGACGUCGUCGCCGGGCGUGAUGGAGAAGAUCCUGCCGGCGUUCGUGGCGAGCGUGGAGGACAACCUGGAGCGGCACUGGAGCAAGUGCGUGCAGCAGGUGACGGCCAGCAUCAAGGCCCUGCUGGAGCAGGUGGCGCCCGACCUGUACGCCCGGUGCGCCGCCGACCUCGCCGCGCGGCGGUCCGAGGCCGAGGUCGCCGCCGCCGUGCGCGACGCCCGGUGGCGGAAGCUCGAGAUGGCCGCCGCCGGCGCCUUCUAAGUAGCCCGCGGCGGCGAAGCGUCCAGUGUACAUGCGUGCGUGGUGGCGAUGGCAGAGUGCCAGGAUUGAUGGCGGCGCCGCGUGCCAUCAAUCCUGGCACCGGCGCCGCGGCUGUAAGAGCGAGACCGUGUGUUGUGCAAGCGAAGUUUGUGCUCCCGUGAGACGAGA